CGCGGGCACGGUCGCUGCCGUUCGUUGCCAUGGCGCCGGAGGGAAAACCACAAACGUUGAGGAGACGACGAACCGGAGCUGAGAGGGUGAAGCUGAAAUGAGCCAGUCACGGUUAAAAAAACAAGCUCAGUUUUGCGCCGUUGUCGUCGUGUCGGCAUGAAGAGCCGAGAGGUCCAGGUGUUUGUCCGAAUCAGACCAACGGCUAACUUCGCCCGACACCUGAUUGAAUGUCUUCCAGACGGACAGACAGUGAACAUCUAUCACAGGAAAAACUCGAAGAAGCUCCAGGACUCCAGGAAAAGACAGCCGAGCUCCUGGUCAUUCCAGCUGGAAGGCAUCCUGCAGGAUGUAUCCCAGGAGGAGUUUUACACCCGGGUGUGCCGACGGGUGGUACUGGGAGCACUGGAUGGCUAUAAUGGUACUGUGAUGUGUUUUGGGCAGACAGGUGCAGGAAAGACCUACACCAUGACGGGAUCCACAGAAUCAUACAAGCAGAGAGGCGUCAUUCCUCGGGCUCUUCAGGAGGUGUUUCAGGAGGUGGAGAAAAGGACCGAGCAUGCCUUCAAUGUGCACCUGUCCUACUUGGAGAUCUACAACGAGACCCUGGUGGACCUGCUGUCUUCGCUGCGAGGCUCGUCACACCAGUCUCCUCACAGUAUGGUGGUGAUGGAGGAGCCAGGAAGAGGGGUGCUCAUCAGAGGUCUGUCUCUUCACCCUGUCCACAGCGAGGAGGAGGCCCUCAACCUGCUGUUUGAGGGUGAGAUGAAUCGCAUCAUUGGAUCUCAUGCCUUGAACAGGAACUCCUCCAGGUCUCACUGUAUCUUCACUGUGCAUGUGGAGUGUCGCUCACGAACUCUGUCAGAUGCCAAGUACGUCACGUCAAAGCUGAAUCUGGUGGAUUUGGCUGGUUCAGAGAGACUGGGAAAGACUGGGUCAGAGGGUCAGAUGAUGAAGGAAGCGGUCUACAUCAACAGGUCCUUGUCGUUCCUGGAGCAGGCCAUCCUGGCCCUGGCAGACCAUCGCAGAGACCACGUUCCUUUCAGACAGAGUAAACUCACGCAUGCCCUCAAAGACUCGCUGGGAGGGAACUGCAACACUGUGCUUGUGGCCAACAUCUACAGUGAGGCUGCACAGAUAGAAGAAACACUCUCUACUCUGCGUUUUGCCUGCAGGAUGAAGUGUGUCCGGACUGACCCUGCUGUUAAUGAACGCGUGGAUCUAGCAGCUCAGAUCAAGAAACUUGAGAAGGAUGUACAGAUGCUGAAAGAGGAACUGUCCUUGUGCAAUACGUUGGCGAAACGGCCGAGCAUCACAUACGAGUCGCUGUCUGAAGCACAGCUGGCAGAGAUCCACAGCCAGGUUCAGAGGUACCUAGCGGGAAGCCUGGAGAACAUCAGUAUCGUAAACAUCAGGCAGGUUCAUGCAGUGUUCGCCCAGUUCAAGCUUGCUGUACAGGAACAGGAGCAGAAGGUGAAGGCUCAGCUACGCCAGACAUACAACUUGGUGAAGAAAGACCAAAGUGCUAACACAGCUGCUAUCAAGGAGUGGGACAUCAGAAGCAGCACUGAGGACGUAGAGGCUGGCAGCACUGGGGUGCCAAAGAAAAAUGCUCCUCGGCCAAGUUCAACCAAAGCCAAAACUAAGAAGCUGAGUGAAAAACAGAACCAAAGUAAGAGACGAGGAGAGGGCAGUCCAGUUUCAAGGAAGCAUCUGGAGAGUGCCUCCAAAUCAAAGCUGCAUUCUGUCCAGACACCUGAGAGGGAACACGAGUCACAAGAACCAGACACUGAGAGCCAGGACACACAGGAGCCACCUGCCAGUGAACCCUUCCCCCCAGACUCUCCUCCCACCAAAGAGCAGGCCUUUGAAGUUUUUAAGGUGGGACAAGGCAGCAAGAUCAACCUCAUCCUUAAGGACAACAAGGCCGUGCUGCUGGAACGCCGCAGUCUGCUCCGACAGCUCAGCGAGGAGGUCAACACCGCCAAGAGAGAGAUCGACUGCACCACGGCCACAUUACAGCAGCACAGGGAGCUCAGGGGAGGCCAAGGUCAGUAUUUGGUUAUGGAGAACGAGCCGCCGCUGCAGGAAGCAGAGAUCACUUUAUUGAUGCAGCUGAGAGCGCUGAAGGCCGUGUACCGGCAGAGAUACGAGGUGCUGCGGGACAUCAAGGCAGAGGUCAACUACUGUGAACACCUCGUGGAUCAGUGCCGGGUGCGCCUGCUCACGGAAUUUGAGAGCUGGUAUAAGAAGUCUUUCCUUGUACAUGAGCAAGAGCUGGAUAUAACAAUGGAGGAGAGCCCCAGAGAAGAGGAGGAUGCAGAAAAAGGGCUUCCUGAUGAACCCAGCUCCGAGUCUUUCUACAACGCCCGCUACAGAACACUGAAAAGGAGGAACAGCAGGGCGCUGGUCUUUACUCCAGUGCAGAGGAACUCUUCCGGGCAGAGAAGACUUCCCCCAAUUCUACCUGUUACAUAAGUGAGUUUUAUGUCCAGGCUGAAGGUUGAACUGCGGCGUUCACAUGUGAUGACAUGUAAUUCUCAUUUUUCUACAUGUAGUCUGUGCACUGGAGUUUGUACAUGAAUCAAGACACAACACGGUGAAUCAGCUUCUUAAAUGAAAAGUAAAAUUUAUUAUUCCUGAACCACAAAAUAGACUUCUUUGGUUGUACAAAUUCACUAGUUACAGUCUUGUGUGAGCUCUAACCCUUGACCCUAGGACUUCUGCCCCUUUCCCUCCAACCUAUUUGCAAGUAAAAGCCCCCAAAGAGAACUCAAGACAAAAGAAUAAACACAAAAACUUGAAACACUGCAUUAUUAAUGUAGUGAAACCCAUCUGAAAAAAGAUUUACCUAAUGUAAGUUAAAAAAAGAAGAUAUCAGCCAUUGCAAAUGUUAUCAAACAAACUGAAUUUCAGUCAGUGAGAGCAACACGGAAAGCUAUCAUUAGAAGACCCUACGUUAAAUUAACACAAAUGCUACGAUGCUGUGAUUCUGCGAAAACACCCAUCAGAUACAUGAACUGACAGUCUGUCUGUUAAGCAGUGAGCUGAAUGUCUGAAUGAGAUAAAUGUCUUUAGAGGGAUUUCUAAAAUCAGUUCUGCCUCUCAGCUCUCCCAUUAACAAACCAAUAUACAUGCAGAGAGCGUCCCGACACCAAGCCCGUCCAAACCCAGAGGCGUCAGCAGUCCAGACACUCACUUGGUCUAGGUCAAGACUGGCUCAGUUUUCAAACCCAAAGUUUGCUUUUCCGUUCAGUAUUUGUACAUUAUUCACACAAUAAUAAAUGAUUUUUCAGUGGCAUCAGAUUUAAAUUAACCAUAGACAGAAAAAUAAAACACCUGCUACCUUCACGUCACUCUGGAAAACCUUGAUAACUCAAGGUUAGAAGUUAAUGAUUCACAUUGAUAAAAUAGAAACCCUAAACAGGGGCAGGGAAAGUACCGUUAAUUAGUAAAGGAUUUAAAAAUGUAUGUUGUCUGAUCUGUUUCUGUGAAGUGUCGAUUUAAUGCUGCUGCCUCCAGUGUUGUCAUGCCAACAAGGGGAAUGUAACACCGUCAACAAAUCUGGACAGAUGCCGAGACAAACAUUUCUGUAUGACUCGUGUCGAGACACUGAUGUGCAACAGCUAAACUCGAAUUUGCUUCCCUCAAAAGCCCCCAGGGGAUUCAUAUAAAGUCGACUCAAUGAUAUAAAGUGAUAUGCAGUUCAUUAGUUGAAAGCUUUGACUUAGUGAGCUUUUUAAUGAUAAAUUACAACAAGCUUUAUGUUGUUUAGGCCUUCAAUUUGACUAAACCGAUAAAAACAAUAAAUUAUUAAAGAUAUGUUUUUAAAAAGCUGAUCAGUGGCAGUGCAAAAAAAAAAAAA